GUAUUUAGAUAGUAACUACUUACAAAUUUAUGUUUAUUCAUACCCGUAAAUAUUUGCUCCUUUGUUUUUCAGGUCCAGCACAGAGUCAAAUGCAGGUUCCCUCUGGGUAUGGAUUGCAUCAUCAGAACUAUCUUCCCCCCUCAGGACAUUAUUCUCAAGAACCUGGAAAAAUGACCUCAAUGCCAUUGGAUAACCAGUGUAAUGAUUACUACUCUGGUCUGUAUACAGUACCAACACAAAAUGUGGUGACUCCAAGCACAGCCAACCAACCAGGAACACAGCAAAUGUAUGGCAGGGGUCCUUCUGCCCCUCAUGUUGUGGGAUCCACUCCAGGAUCUUUCCACGGUGCUGCAUCAUCAGCAUCCCAUUUGCAUACGAGUGCCUCCCAGUUAUACUCUUUUGUGAAUCACUACAAUAGCCCAGCCAUGCACUCUGCCAGCUCGUCUGUUGCUUCUCAGGGAUUUCCCUCUACUUGUGGUCAUUAUACUAUGGCAACUGUUUCUAAUGCUGUGUAUCCUAGUGUUUCAUAUCCUUCUCUGCCUGCUGGUGAUCCAUAUGGGCAAAUGUUUACCUCACAGAACGCUCCAGCUGUCAGGCCAGUUAAAGAUAAUUCAUUUUCUGGCCAAAAUCCAGCUCUCAGCCAUCCGUCACCACUUCCUCCUCCUCCACAACACCACCAUCAGCAGCAGAAUCUCUCACGAUAUAAUACCCUACCAUGGGCAGUUCCAGGCCUUCCGUCAACCCAAGACAAUCUCAUCCAAAACCACAUGGGAUCUCUGGCUUCACCCAACAACAACCCAACAAGUACCGUUGCAGAUUCUCUGUCUGGUCCGGGUAUGCCUCCCAAGUCCAGCUCAGUAGCUCCCCCUGUUCUGCCAGGAGCCCCAUCAACAAGAAUGCCUCCUGCUGCGAAGCACCCGGCCGAGCCCAUGGCCUCUGUCACACAGCCCUCAGAGCUGUUCCAGCAGAAAGGCAUGCAGUAUGGUGAAUAUGUUAAUAAUCAAGCUAGCUCCGCACCAACUCCCUUGUCAUCAACUUCCGAUGAUGAGGAAGAGGAGGAGGAGGAUGAGGAAGCAGGUAUGGACAGUUCUUCUACUACGAGCAGUGCCUCACCCAUGCCCAAUAGCUAUGACGCCCUGGAAGGAGGCAGCUACCCAGAUAUGCAUUCUUCAUCAGCAAGCAGUCCUGCUCCUGAUCCUGGCCCUGAACCUGAUCCUGCUCCUUCUUCAGCAUCUGCUCCAGCUUCUGUUUCUGCUGCUCCUCACCCUUCAAAAAUGGUUAAGCCUUUGGUUAUGGUUACCCAACUCUUCAGCCUGGUUAUCAGAACACUGGUUAUCAGCACACAACAGCGCCGCUUAGCGCUGGAGUAUCCUACUAACCCUGUGUAUUCUGGAUUCCAGCAGUAUCCUCAGCAGUAUCCUGGUGUGAACCACCUCUCUUCCAGUCUAGGAGGACUGAGUCUUCAGAGUUCUCCACAGCCAGAAAGCCUGAGGCCUGUAAACCUCACUCAGGAGAAGGAUAUUUUACCCCCCACUCCAGUCUGGGCUCCUAUACCUAACUUGAAUUUAGAACUCAAGAAGUUAAACUGUAGCCCAGACUCAUUUCGGUGUACUUUGACAAAUAUUCCACAGACACAGGCUUUAUUGAAUAAAGCUAAACUUCCUUUAGGAUUGCUGUUACAUCCCUUUAGAGAUCUAACGCAAUUACCAGUGAUAACAUCAAAUACCAUUGUGAGGUGCCGAUCUUGUCGAACAUACAUCAACCCGUUUGUGUCCUUCAUUGAUCAGCGUAGAUGGAAGUGCAACUUAUGCUAUAGAGUAAAUGAUGUUCCUGAAGAAUUCAUGUAUAACCCCCUUACUCGAUCAUAUGGAGAGCCUCAUAAGCGGCCAGAAGUUCAGAAUUCCACCGUGGAGUUCAUCGCCUCUUCAGAUUACAUGCUUCGUCCUCCUCAGCCCGCAGUUUACCUGUUUGUCUUAGAUGUGUCUCAUAACGCAGAGGAAACUGGCUACUUAACAAUUUUGUGCCAAUCCCUGUUAGAAAACUUAGACAAGCUUCCAGGAGAUUCUCGAACAAGAAUAGGCUUCAUGACCUUUGACAGCACUAUUCAUUUCUACAACUUACAGGAGGGACUGUCUCAGCCACAGAUGUUGAUUGUGUCUGACAUAGACGAUGUUUUUCUACCUACACCGGAUAGUCUACUUGUGAAUCUAUAUGAAAGCAAAGAGCUUAUAAAAGACUUACUGAACGCAUUACCAAACAUGUUCACCAAUACACGAGAAACACACAGUGCCCUUGGUCCUGCCCUUCAGGCUGCUUUUAAAUUAAUGUCUCCAACAGGGGGCCGUGUGUCUGUAUUUCAGACACAGUUACCUUCCUUGGGUGCAGGACUUCUGCAGUCCAGAGAAGAUCCUAAUCAAAGGUCAAGUACAAAGGUAGUACAACACCUUGGCCCUGCGACUGAUUUUUAUAAGAAACUUGCUUUAGACUGCUCAGGACAGCAGACUGCGGUGGAUUUGUUCCUUUUGAGUUCACAGUAUUCUGAUCUUGCUUCUCUAGCUUGCAUGUCCAAGUACUCGGCAGGAUGCAUCUAUUACUAUCCAUCUUUCCACUAUAAUCACAACCCUUCACAAGCAGAAAAGUUACAAAAAGACCUAAAACGGUAUCUCACAAGAAAAAUUGGAUUUGAAGCUGUCAUGAGGAUAAGAUGCACUAAAGGUCUUUCAAUGCAUACUUUUCAUGGAAACUUCUUUGUGCGUUCCACUGACUUGUUAUCUCUUGCCAACAUCAAUCCUGAUGCUGGGUUUGCAGUGCAGUUAUCAAUUGAGGAAAGUUUGACGGAUACUUCCUUAGUGUGCUUUCAGACGGCACUGUUAUACACGUCGAGUAAAGGUGAGCGAAGGAUCAGAGUCCACACACUUUGUUUGCCGGUGGUGAGUUCCUUAGCAGAUGUGUAUGCCGGAGUGGAUGUUCAAGCCGCCAUCUGCCUUCUGGCAAACAUGGCUGUCGAUCGCUCAGUCUCAUCUAGCCUGUCAGAUGCCAGGGACGCCUUGGUGAACGCAGUGGUGGACUCGCUCUCUGCCUACGGCUCUACUGUCUCCAACUUGCAGCACUCGGCGCUCAUUGCCCCUGGCUCCCUCAAGUUGUUCCCGCUCUAUGUUUUGGCCCUUCUCAAACAGAAAGCAUUUAGAACAGGUACAAGCACUCGCCUGGAUGAUCGUGUGUAUGCCAUGUGUCAGAUCAAGUCUCAGCCACUUGUUCAUCUAAUGAAAAUGAUUCAUCCCAACUUAUACAGGAUAGACAGAUUGACAGAUGAGGGUGCAAUACAUGUUAAUGACAGGGUAGUGCCUCAGCCACCCCUUCAAAAAUUAUCUGCAGAGAAGCUGACAAGAGAAGGUGCUUUCCUGUUGGACUGCGGCUCUGUGUUUUACAUUUGGAUUGGCAAAGGCUGUGACAAUAACUUCAUAGAGGAAGUGCUUGGAUGUCCUAAUUUUGCAUCAAUACCACAGAAAAUGACACAUCUUCCAGAGCUGGACACACUUUCGUCCGAAAGAACCAGGUCCUUUAUAACUUGGCUCAAAGACAGCAGACCACUAAGCCCAGUCCUUCAUAUGGUAAAAGAUGAGAGUCCUGCCAAAGCAGAAUUUUUUCAACACUUAAUUGAAGAUCGGACAGAAGCCGCAUUCUCUUACUAUGAAUUUUUGCUUCAUGUUCAGCAGCAGAUUUGUAAGUGAAGUAGAAUAAAACUGAACAAGAAGACAAAGAUGCAUAGCCUAGGCGAAGUCUGAUCUUCCAGAGGAGCAUAUAACGGGCUGGGAAGGAAGCCUUCUCUGUUACUCAGCAGCGCCUUGCUCUGCCGGAGGUGCUGGCAGGAGGGAGGGGAAGGAGGGCUUGGCCUAUGUUAAGGGCAGUGAUGAUGCUGUUUCACUAAGUAUGUUUCAGUUGGUUUCUACACAUUUCCAGUAGUGCAGUCGGGAGAUUUAUGUAGCUGUGUGGAAUGACAUGUCAUAAUGUAACAUUAGAUCAUUUUUCUCCUUAAUAUAACAUUUCUGGACUUGAACUCUGACAAGAGAUGCCAAAAGGCAGUGGUACUGUGUUACUCGUUUAUAUGAAUUACUUUUUAACAAGGAAUGAUUCGUAUUCAUUAAAUGAAUUGAACAUUUUCUCUGUAAAAACAAUAGAAUUUCAGUACAUGAGCUAUAGAAUAUAUACAUAUAUAUAUAUAUAAUGUACAUAAGCGUUCCAUUUGUAAAGAAAAUGUAAAAAAUGUAACUACAGAAUAUGAAUUGCUUAAACUGUGCUACAUUGUUGGAUGACAACUCUUUUUGUCGCAGUUAGAGAAUGAGGUUGACUAAUGCAUAUUAUGAAUUGAGUCCACAAAAGAAACACAAAACCCUUUGUAAUUCUGUUAAAUCUUUUAUGUGGAUUUAUUUAUGAUCAGCCUACUAAUUAAAAAUAUUUUGCUUGACAA